AUGUUCCGGCGCUGGAAGUGGUUCCAGCGGCGCCGGAGGUCCGCGUCCGCGCAGCGCACAGCCGUCUCGGCGCUGCGGGACGACCGCAUCGUCCGCGAGGCGCUCGACGACUACGUGCGUGACGCCUUCUCGCCGGCGUCGGCGUCGGGGUUGGCGUCGAGGACGCGCUGCUCGGUGCGGCGCCUGCCGCUGGAGGCGGCGCCCAAGGGGGUCGCCCGCUGGCACCUGGACGAAGAGCUGCUCUACUCCGCCCGGCGGCGCUCCUACACCGUGCUCUACCUCAGGAAGUCGCCCACCGACCUCAAAUCGAAGGCUGCCCAACCGGACCCCGAAAGCGGUGAGCCCAGUCAGCAAGAGCCUGCCGCGGCCGUUAUCUGCGACUGUACCGACUACUCCAGUUGUCCCCACGCGUCCUCUAGCAGAUGGAUUGGCACCGAGCAGGUGACGACUGGAGAGCCGGGGACGAGUGGAGAGCAGGCGAACAGUCGAAAGCGGAAGGUCGAAGCGGCGAGCCAAACGCCGCCGCCGCGGAAACGUUUCUCUCCCUGCUGGCGGAAACGCAAAGAGAGGAGUGACGAGUCCCGUGUCGCCGACGAGCAGGCGACGGCAGAAGAGCAGAAGGACGAAGAAGCAACCCCAGGGCCGCCGCCGCGAAAACGCUUGUCUCCUUGGAGGCGAUUUCACAAACAGAGGUCCAGCUCCGAGGAGGAAUCCCGUCGCGCCAAGAGGAUUGACACCAAGGAGGCGGCGAUCCAAGUGGACAGGUCGGCGUUUCUCAUUUCCAAAAGCUCACAGACCAGCACUCCGAGGCCGCACGUCGUACUAGACGAACCCACCGAAGAACCGAUUGCCGGUACAGCCGCAGAAGUGGCGGAUCCCUCCGAGAGCCCGCAAGUGGAGGCGGAUACGCAAACAGACGAGCAGCCCGCUCAGCAGACGGUGGUGAGGGUGCUGCCCGGCCCCUCCGGGCUGCCGACCAUCGUCAUAGAGAGCACGGGGAACUGGAACGCCUUACAGAGUAGCUCGCAGACGAGCGACGUCGCGGUGCAGGCGGGCAGGCCGGCCAAGGCGCCGCGGCCCAGGCUGGACAUCGCCGCGGCCACCAGGGGCGCCGCCUCCCAGCGGCGGCAGGUGGAGGAGGCGCGCCACGACGGCAGCCGCAGCCCCGGCUCCAUGCGCUGGUCCGAGUGGGACGACAAGCAGUCCCCGUGGGCGGCGGCCGAGAAGUACACCAUACGCGACACCAACGAAGAGUCCCCCGUCACCAACGGCAGUUCCUGGGAAGCAGCACGAGUGGCGCUUUCGUUGCAGGAGGAGAGGCAGUACCCCUCACAACCGGGCAGCACGGAGAGCCUGGUACUGAGGGAGCUGCCUGCCAUUGCCGCCGCGAACCGCGAGGCGGUGGCGGCGGCGGAAGCUGUGCCGGCGGGAGCCGCCAGCCCCGUCUCCAGGCGGGGCUCGCGCGUCCAGCGCCGCCGCUCCAGGGCCGUUCGCUCGCCCUCGCCCACUCCGGCGUCCACGUCCACACCGGCGCCGCCCACGCCUCCGGCCUCGGCCCUGGUACCUUCGGGGCAGCACCGCCACAAUGUCAAGAGGCACGACUGCCUGGGCCAGCACCAGGAUCCCCACGACAGCGGCUCCUAA